CAGAGGACAAUGAAGAUGUGAUGAAAUGAGUUAAUGCCAUUUUAUUUCUUUGAACAGGUGGGCCAGGAUUGGUAGACCCUUGUGAAAAGAAGCCUGUGGAUACCCUAACAGCUAUGGGAGAGCAACAGAGAGAAGACAUCACCUCAAGUGCCCAGUUUGCUCUGAGGCUGCUGGCAUUCCGUCAGAUCCAUAAGGUUUUGGGUAUGGACCCUCUGCCGCAGAUAAACCCUCGCUUCAACAUCCGCAACAGCCGCAAGCGUCGCCGUGACAACAGCGAUGGGACAGACAGCUUCGAGGGUGAAGGCAAAAAGGACAAAAAAGAUUAUGAUAGUUUCUAAGUUUCUGUUACUAAUUUAAAGUAAUCUACAUACAGAAAUCCACGAACAUGUUGUAUGCGCUGUCUUCUGUGUAUUGGCUAAGGUCCAGAGUUGUUAGUUUUCCUUUUUUAAGCUUCAGAUGUACCAGUUUAAUUGCAGCCUCACUCGGUAUUACACAAACAAAACUGUCACAUUUGUGUACUGUAUUAGUUGUAGAUUUCUUAAAGAUGGGGUUCAGAACUCUCUGUACUAGAUACAGCAGUUUUUAAACUAUCUUCUGACAGUGGCUCUGAUGCUAACAGCGGCUUCUUAAGCUGCCGCUGGUCCCCCCUGAACUGUUUUCUGUUCUUCAUUGAAGUUGUGGGGGACGAUAGAGAUUGUAGGAUCAAAAAUGUUGAUGCCUUUAUUCAUCUGUAUAGUUGCAUUCGGAGGUGGACUAUGUUACUAUUGUGAAGCACUAAUUUGGCAAACUUCAUUUUCUUCUGAAUAUUAAUUACUGUGCUUAAUACAAGUGGUGAUUGAUGCUGUGGUCUUGUUAUGUCUCAAUGCUAGGCUACACUUAAGCUAAAAGACCUAUGAGUCAUUGCACAAAGAUUCAGAAGAACUGUUGAUAGAUAUUUGUUAGUAUUGAAGUUGUCAGCCCUAAAUGUAGUUUUGUCUUUUCAUUUUCAUAUAUAUGAAAGUAUUUGUAUAAUCUUUAAAUAUCUAAAAAUGCUUUGGUUUGUGGAAAACAUAGCCAUGUUCAUAUUGCU